AUGGAGCUGCUGGGGAUGGUUCUGGUUCUGGUUCUGGUUCUGCUCGGUUCAGAGGCUCAGAACCAGGUGAAUAUUAAUGUCUCUCUGGGUCAGGAUGUUACUCUAACCUGCUCCAUUAACGAUGGUGACAUCCACUGGUUCAUGGAGGUCCAGAACCAGUUCACAAUAAGAAUCGGACAGAUCUUCUCUCUAAAGACGUCCAGCUACGACUCUCUGGACUUUAAGACCAAAUAUCAGAUGAUUAGAAACCAGCUGGUGAUCCAGAACUUCUCUGCUGAGGACAGCAGGAGGUAUUUCUGUGGGGAGAAGAAGAACGACUUCAGUGGAGGGACUUUCAUCCUCAUCCCAGCUGUUCUGUCCACCAGUCCCUCCGUCCCUGUGGUCGCCCCCACCGCUCCCCCCUGUGACUGUGAAGCUGAGAGGUUGACCUUCUCCAUCUACCGCUCAGCUGUGGUCCUCAGCCUCCUGCUCAGUCUAACAGCAGCUUUGCUUUGUUCCUGUUGGAGGAGGAGAAGAUUCCAGAUGGAGAAAGCUCCACAGCAGCAGGAGGAGCAUGAACUGAUGGAGUCUAUGGUGGACAGCAGCCAGCAGCUGAGAGAGGCCCUGCGUUGCAUCCGUGCAUCGCAUCCGUGCAUUGCAUCCGUGCGUCGCAGCUUCCCAGCAUUCAACGCUGGAGCUCAGAAAUCGUACCUGUUGCAGUUUUACGCAGAGCGCCAACCAAUCAGAGCAGCUAAUCCUGUCAUGAUAUGGAGCUGA